GUUAUGGCAUUUACGUCUUCCAUCCACUGGACUGAAUAUGAUUUCUUCGAUGAACUAUUAUUGCGACAAGAUCAGUUUAUACGGUUUCUUUCCAUUCUAUGUCGAUGAACAUGGCCGACGUCUUCAGCAUCAUUAUUACGAACAGGUGCAAUAUAACUACACACACAGUCACCACAAGAUGCCCUACGAGUUUAUUCAACUCACGAAAUUACGCGAUUCUGGUGUGUUGAGGCUUGUUACAGAUAGGUGUUACUGAUAACGAUAUCACCAUUAAUGCCUUACGAGUUUCUCAAUCUCACGAAAUUACGUAAUUAUGGCGUAAUGGUACAGGGAGAUUGAGGUGACCAAUGACGAUAUCGCCAUUAGAUAUGCCUUACGAGUUUCUGGUGGGUUGAGGCUUGUAACAGAUCGAUGUAACUCAUCGAUGUAACUGAUGAUGACGUCAUCAAAAUAUACGUUUUCAAUCUCGAAAUUACACCGAUCUGGUCUUUUGAGACCUUUUAGCCGAUCAAUGGUAAUACAAGUAAGAUGCCCAAUGAGUUUCUUGUGACACUUUCUCAUAUCACGCGAGUCAUGAGUGUUGAAACUUGGUACCACUAUGGAGGAAUAAGUGUAGACUUACGGUACCACAGAUCAAAGUUACUUCAUGAACUCAAAUAUGCAUCUAAAGUAGACCAGCUCAUGUAAUUCCAUCGGGUCUACAUUACUUACUCGUUCAUAUGAGACUGCUGUUAAAAUACAGUAUAUCGUGAUAUCAGGGUGGGGGGAGAGAGAAUUAAUUUAAUACCGGUAGUCUAUUUAUCAACUGAAAAUUUGAAUUAGAAGAUUGAUUUCUUUCUUUCUUUUUUUUUCAAUUAACAGGCGCAUAGAUUAUACCGUUCUCAUAAUUGUUUUAGGUUUC